CAGCAGCUUCGUGUGAACCAGGAGCCGCAGGGUCACCUUUCCUCUCCCAGUGCUCCCAGUGCUCCCAGUCCCCGGCGCUGCUCCUCACUCCGCACCGGGACAUCACACCUUCUCCUCGGGCCGACGGUGGUGUCGCCCGUGUCUCCGCCUCCGCCACAGAGGGGUGUCAGGGGCCGGCAGCUGUGCGCGCCGGGCGGGGUGCUGCUGCUAGCUGCUCGCUGAUAAGAGAUAACCCGGGCGAAGACGCCUGUGAAGCCGAGAUAAAACCGACUUUAACGGUCACAAGUCGACGAUGCACCGGGGGCAGGCUCGGCAGCUGGACGGCUGUUGAGGCGGUGUGUUGACCUGAGGGCGGCGGAGCGGACAUGGACCUUGCACCACCUCGACACCACUUGUUUAUUAUCCCCGGUUAAUGUCUCUGACUCUUGUUUAGCUCGCAUCUGGGACUAUGUGGCUGUUAGUCCGCACGGCAGGCUGCACACACGGAGGGCAUUUGUCCCGACUGAGGCUGACCCAGGCCAGGGGGCUGUCACAGGGGCUCCGCCGGACCCUCUCAGCGGACCCCCGGAGGAGGAGCGGGGCUAGCUCCUCACUCCACCCGGUCGCCAGGCCCCUCACCUCGGUCCUGCCCCGCAGCUCGCUCUCCAUACUCUGCUUACACACGUCCGGGUCCACAGCCCGAGCCCGGGCAGUCACACGCACACCUGUCGCCUUCGCAAGCUCCUCAGCCGCCUCCUCGUCCUCCUCGUCCUCAUCUUCCUCCCCGGCCACCCAGCCGGACCCGGACAGGGAACAGACGCCGACCACCGUCCCUCUGGAGGAUGUGAAGAGGAUUGUGGGACUCGCUCAUCCAGAGAGAUGGAGACUGGCAGCUGCUUUUGGAUUCCUAACUGUCUCCAGUGCAGUCACCAUGUCAGCACCGUUCCUCCUCGGUAAAGUGAUCGACACCAUAUACACCACUGGAACAGACACAGAGGCGAUGACGGCUUCCCUGACGUCAUUAUGCAUCAUGCUGACGGGAGCGUUCCUGUGUGGUGGAGCAGCGAACGCAGCCAGAGUCUACCUCAUGCAGCUCUCAGGUCAGCGGAUUGUUAGUAAUCUCAGAACCUCCGUCUUCUCCUCCAUUCUCAGACAGGAAGUGGCAUUUUUUGACCGGAACAGGACCGGGGAGCUUAUCAACCGCCUCUCUGCUGACACAGCCGUAGUGGGGCGCUCAAUCACAGACAACCUUUCAGACGGUCUGAGAGCUGUCGCCCAGGCAGCUGCUGGUGUCAGUAUGAUGUUCUAUGUCUCCCCCAGUCUUGCGAGCUUUGUGUUGAUGAUUGUUCCUCCUCUGGCCGGGCUUGCGGUCGUCUAUGGUCGAUAUCUUCGCACCAUCUCCAAACGCACGCAGGACGCACUCGCACAAGCUACAGAGUUGGCGGAGGAGCGCAUCAGCAACCUGCGGACGGUCAGGGCUUUUGGUAAAGAGCUGUCAGAGGUCAGCACAUACGCAGAGAAGACAGACCAGGUCCUCAGCCUGGCCAGGAAGGAAGCUUUGCUACGAGCUGGUUUCUUUGGAGUGACUGGUCUCAGUGGUAACUUCAUGAUCCUGUCAGUGCUCUACAAAGGAGGUCUUCUGAUGGCCAGCCAGCACAUGACUGUGGGAGAGCUGUCAGCGUUCCUCAUGUACACCUUCUGGGUGGGCAUCAGUAUCGCAGGACUGAGUUCAUUCUACUCUGAGCUGAUGAAGGGUUUCGGAGCAGGAACCCGACUUUGGGAGCUGCUGGACAGAAAGCCUGAGUUUCCUCUCAACGAGGGUCUAGUUCUCCCUGCAGACCAGCUGAAGGGUGAGCUGCAGUUCUGUGAUGUCUCUUUUGCAUACCCGACCCGAAAAGAGGCUCUUAUUUUCCAGAACCUUAGUCUGCUGGUCCCAGCUGGAACCAUCAUGGCAGUGGUGGGAUCCAGUGGGUCUGGAAAAUCGACCCUGGUCUCGCUGCUGCUCAGACUGUACAACUCCGAUGGAGGUAUCAUCACCAUAGAUGGUCAUGACAUCAGGGAUCUAAAUCCCUAUUGGCUCAGGCGUCACAUUGGAACUGUCAGCCAGGAGCCAGUGCUGUUCUCUUGCUCAAUCAGGGAUAAUAUAGCGUACGGUGCAGAUUUCCCCAAAGCUGUGGCCACAGAGGACAUCUACAGAGCAGCCAGAGAUGCUAACGCCUAUGAUUUCGUUCAGGCUUUUCCUGAUGGCUUCGACACUAUAGUGGGGGAGAAAGGAGUGCUGCUGUCAGGUGGUCAGAAGCAGAGGAUAGCCAUAGCCAGAGCUUUGCUCAAGAAUCCAAAGAUCCUUCUUUUAGACGAGGCUACCAGUGCACUGGAUGCUGAGAAUGAGUUCCUUGUCCAGGAGGCAUUGGAGCGCCUGAUGGAAGGGAGAACGGUCAUGAUCAUCGCUCACCGUCUGUCCACCAUCAAGAAUGCGAACGCUGUGGCGGUGCUAGAUCAGCGCCGCGUGGCCGAGUGUGGUCAGCACACAGAGCUGCUAGGCAAUAGGGAAGGGCUGUUCAGAAAACUGAUGGAGAAACAGACAUUUCUGCAGGAGGAACAGAAACAAGCUCUGCGCUGAGAGGACGGUGAGUAGAGACACAUGGAAUCAGAGGCGGAGGAAAUCUGGAGGUGAAGUCAGUGGCCUCGCUCCACAAUGGGAUGAAAUGCUCCCUGAAGACGGAGGAGGAGGAGAAAGAGGAACAAAGAAAUUCUAUUAUUUUUCCUGGAAUGGAGAGAGAUGGAUAAAACGCUGAAGGAAAUCAGAGGAGGACUAGAGAUGGGAGAUGUGGAAGCCACUGAGAAACAUAAAGGGAUUCUCUUCAAUGCUUUGAGUCCCUUCACCACUGGAAUGACUAUGUAGCAUCACAUAAAGACCUAGUUGUAAUGGAAACCCAGGGUAAUCCACAGUGAAGACAUAAGAACUGAAACAUGGAUCAGUGAAGUUAUAGAGAGACUUUCUUUUGAUAAUAUAUUUUUAUUCUACACUGAAAUAAUGAGACCCGGAGAGAGGCUGAGUGUGAAAACGAGACAGGAUGAAGACGGACACUCCUCAAACUCGAGGCUCAUGGAUUUAAAUCACUGUCACUACUGAGGCUUUGAAGAGAAGCUCCAAUCCAGGUUUAACUAGAAGGGCACUCACAGAGGGAAAAACCUCCGCCAAGGCUAAUGCCAUAUUCUGUCAUGUUAAAGAAAUUGGUUCCUGUUCUUAAUUUCCCACCCUGUCAAAAAAGUUUUUUUGUGUAAUCCUGUUUACAGACAAACAGCAACGAGAGCUUCAUUGGUGCAGGUAAUUAUUCAGACCAACAAAAAACAAACCUAUUUCAUUUUAUGAGAUGUGACACUUCAAUUUGUUGUCACUUUUACGAUUUUCAUAACUAAAUUGGAAAACAGUCAGUCUAGGAUGUUGGAUACAAGUGUCUAUGUAGCACAGAUUUUACUUCUCAGAGCUUCUUCCUGCCAUUUUGAAUUGGAAACAAGACAAAUUAAGCAGAUAUUCAUAAUUUUUUACUCUGUGCUGUCAAGGACAACACUAGUCUGACAUAGCGUGAUUAAUGCACUGUACGCACAUUUGUUGGGGGAAAGAAGAGCAGCAGUACAAAAAGUCUCAUGGGACUUACUGUCUAGUUUCCUUGCCUUGGAUUUAAGUGCCAGCCCUGAAAAAUGUCAUCAUCAUCCCUUCACCUUUUUAUCUUUUUCCAAAAAGAGCAAAACCUGUGACUUUCUUGCUCUUGACAUUAAAUUAUGGAAAAGCUGAAACAAGCAUUAGAUCAUGCGAGUGUCAUCUGACCUGAUUAUAUUGUGACAUGUUGUCCCCUCCAUGCCCUUAUAAAGUGUGCGUGUGUACACUUGGCCUUCAUUAAAGUCUAUUCAAACAGCUCUUAAACCCCCUACAUGUCGGCCUCCGCGCUUUUGAGCCGGUUAAAUAUUAUCGCUGGCUCUGAGAGUCCGACUUAGGAGUAAUGAUUCUCCUCAGUAACUAUUUGGCUCGUAAAAAAAACAGUUUACCGCUCAGAGAGUGGAUUUUCUUGUCUUGUUUACACCACACAUGCAAAUGCCUUGAGCUGCGCUCUGUGACCUUAAAGUAAGUCCAGAUUCGGUUGUUUCUAGAAUUGCACAUCAGGAACAACCCAGCUAUGUUUGGUUGCUGUCGUGUUGUAUAUGUUGAACAAGCGUCCUUUGUUUAGGAUCCGAAACUUGAAUCUUUGUGGAUGUAACUUUUUAUCCACAAUUUGAGGGCAGCGAUUUGUGGAAUUAAAACAACACUGAUCACUGAUUAUCAGCCGCUUUAUUGUCUCACUAUGGUCAUUAUACUUUGGUUCUUGUUUUUGUAUAUUAAUUUAUUACAGUGCUUAGAUUGUAUAUCAGUUAACAUAUUCUUUAAAGGCUGAUUUAUUAUGGGCAGUUUUCCAAUAGUUUUAUUCUCUUUAUUUGUAUGUCUUGUUAUUUCAACAAUAAGACAAACAGUUUUGACUUAACAUUUAUAAACUAAAUCUCACUUCCAGUGAUGCCAUGACCAUCAUCUGUUACCAUCACUUCUUAUGUUUCGUCUCCAGUGUCUCCUCCACCCAUUUAUGUAACCCAAACUUUAAUCCACUGCAUUCAUCAAUUAUUAUAAAUCACACAGGACAGCAAACUCGUAUGAUUGUUAUGUAUGUGUUGAGUAAUAAAUAAUAUGACCUUCA